UUGUUGUUUUAGUUGUUUUUAUUGCGUUCGUUUGGCUUGAUGUCUUUCUGUCUCUGCUGAAAUUGUCGAAUUAAUUUUGACAAAGACAACGAACGGGAAAAUAAGAAUUGAUUAAUUUUGUUUUGUUUAUAAUUUUCGCUGUCGUCCGUAUGUACGCGUGAAAAUAUUUUAAAAUUUCUUAAUUUAUUUUUGUGCAAAAGUCCAAGAAAAUAUAAGCAACAGUUUGUGUCCGUCGAAAAUAGAAAGAAAAAAUAUUUUGUGCAUUUGAAAUGCGGUAUCAAACAUUGGGAAAAAAGUGAAUUGUAAAGUGUUUUGUGUCUGUUUGUCACAGUUUGUGUAGAAAACACGUCAAUAGCUCUCCUAUGAUUUCAAAAAUACCCCAAAAAUUUAGAAAAAGAAAGGAGUAAAAUACACAACAGUGCGUCCAACAGUGGCUAAGAAAAAGUACAACCGACCGACAAGCUAAUAUACAUAAUAAUACGUCCAUUUCACAUCAGUGUACUUAUAUGCAUACAUAUGUACAUGCACAUACAUCUGUAUAUAUUUAGGUGUAAAAAUAAUACAAUUGAAUUGAGUAGUGAAUAAAAAAAUAGAGAAAAAUCCAAUUGCAACUAGCAGCGGGCUCAACCAACUACCAAGCAUAAAACACAAUUGGAAUCGACAAAUGUGAAAAAUUCUUGAGCUAAUUUGGUUCGAAGAUCUAAAUGUGGCAUUACACGACAACGGUAGAGGCAUUCGAUGGCUAAAAGUGGAAAGUCUCUAAAGUGAGCACAAGUAACAAAAGAGUUGUAAGAAGAAGAAGAAUUUAACAAAAAAAAAAUCCUCAUUUCCAAUCAAUACGACCAAAAAGUGGAAAAAAAAGUUAGUGAAUUGUCAGUCAGUGAGUGUGUUAAUGACUAAGUGCCGUGGAAAGAGUGAGCGAAUACCGAACCGACCGUAUAGUCGAUAGUCAGUGGUGGUAAAAAGAAAACGUCAAAAGCAAAAACAAAAUCUACGUUACUUUUGUUUUGUCGUUAUUGUAUUUGUAUGCAAAGACAAGGCAAGAGGAAGAAGAGAAAAAAAAACAUAAAGAAUCAACGACAUCAUCAACAACAACAACAUUAACUGCUAAUCAUAUAUUCAACCUACCAACUGAUCAGAAAGAAGCCCUUUUGGAAACCAAAGUCAAUCAAAACAAACAAAUAAAAAAACAAAAACAAAUCUCUAUUGUAAACUCCCCUUAUAAGAAAGUGGCUAAUAAGUGAUGGCAUUAGCGCGUAAAUUAACCGAAAGAAUAUAUGAGAUAAAAGCACACAAUGGCAACGUUACUUGUUUGGAUGUUGGUGAAACAGGUCGUGUUUUAGUUACCGGUGGCCAAGAUCGUAAUGUAAACCUGUGGGCAAUCGGACAGACAGAAUGUUUUAUGUCACUAACGGGUCACAAUCGUCCCUUAGAUUGUGUCCGCUUUGCCUACAACGAUGAUUUUGUCUAUUCAGCCGAUGAUAUUGGCAUUAUACGACGAUGGGAUUUGAAUGCACAAACAAUAUGCUCCACAUUGAAUGGUCAUAUGAAAAGUGUGCGAACAUUGGAUUUCAAUCCAUCCGGUGAAUAUGUUGUAUCCGGCAGUAAUGACACAACAGUAAGACUAUGGGACGUCCGCAAUCAAAACAGUUGCAUGAAAAUCUAUCGUGGUCAUAUUUCACAUGUUAAUUCGGUGAAAUUUUCUCCAGAUGGCCUGUGGAUAGCAUCAGCUGGUACGGAGGGUUCCGUCAUCAUAUGGGACAUUAGGAAGAGUAAACAAAUUAUGGAAUUAUGUGAUAAACCGCCUGGUGCUGCAAUCACAUGUAUACAAUUUCAUCCAUUUGAGUUUUUAUUGGCUGUGGGUCGUGUUGAUGGCACGGUUAGUAUCUAUGAUCUGGAGACACAGUUGUGUGUUACCCGGACAGAUGCUACCAGCUUGUUUUAUGGUCAUCCAAUUAAGUGUAUUACAUUUAGUGAUAAUGGUGAAUGUUUGUUUGUGGGUACGGCAGCAGCUAUAUCGAUUAUUGGCUGGGAGCCGGAUCGCGAAUUUGAUCACAUACAAGCCGCCUGGACGGCUUUGGGUGAUAUGAAAAUUGUCAACCGAAGAUUGAUUUGCGGAUCCUAUGACCAGGAAUAUGUCAGCAUAGAUGCCCUCAGUGUCAAUCGAGUAUUUCCAUUCUAUAAUCCAUCCAAUAAUACAGCGCCUGCCUUUAGUCAUAACUCAACAACGCGUAAAAGUUUCUCGCGUGGCAAUCAAAAGUUACGCCUUUCCAUUGGUGGACCCAAACAAUCGCGUUUGGUGGAGGAGAACGAAGACAAUCGUAGUCCUAGUUUAGAUGGUCACUCUUCACCCAAUCUCAGUCUAGAGUUGGUGGAUGAAAAUCCUCUCGAUAGCGCCCUACAUCCGCCCAUGCUACCCAAUCCGAAUACACAUCCUCUAAACAAUGGUCAUGGCAAUUUAUCGGUGAAUAGCAAUUUUACAGAUUUUGAACAUAGUUUCACCACACAAUUGGGUGGUAGCACCAGUGUUAGCAUAAAUGUACCCUUGAAAAAGUUAACAUCUUCGCCGUAUCACUACCCGUCCAUUGCCUCCAGUACAACGUACAGCAGUUUGGGUGUCUUGAACUAUGACGGCGGUCCAUCAUCGCUGAAAAUGCCAGGAGAACGUGGAGAUUACUAUAGUAAAUAUGAUAAUUUCACAGAUCCUUUCAAUCAGGACAGCGAAAUCAAUUUCAAUGAAAGUUUCCCGCCCGUCAUCAACAAUUAUGAUAAUACCGAAAUGGUUGAAGAUUUUCCCAUAAUUCAGGGCUCAACAAUACCACCUGCAGCGCCAACAAAUAAUUCAUCAUCCUCGUCCUCAUCGUCAUCAUCUGCAGCGGCCUCAAAUGGUGCAACCAAUGCAGCCAGCAGCAAUUCGGUGAGUUCCACAACAAAUUCAACAACACACUUUGUUCAUCCACCGCCGAAAACGGCCAAACCGACAACAAAAACAACAUCACACAUUACAAAACGUACAGCACAAGUGUCGAGUGGUGGCGGCCUGAAAACCAGUGCAUCGUCGACAUUUCAACAACGCAACAAACUGUCGCAAGUGUCCUCGGUUAGCACCACAGAACUGCACAAAAUGGAUGAUAAUAUGCUUAUCAAGAAAUCCGCAUCAUCACACAUUGUUGUAAAUAAGAACAAGGCACAUGUGAAUAAAGAGAAUGCACGCAAUAAAAAUAUCACAGUGCAAAUAAUAACAAAGCCACCGACACGUUCACGUACAUCGCUGGAGUUGAGAUCACCGCAGAAACAGAAUCAAUCGGCUGGGGGUCCAGCACAACGGCAAACGCAACGCAUUUCUAGUUACACCAUGGAUAGUACUAGUAAUGGCUCGGCAAAUAUUCCCAUUAGUUAUCGACCCGAUCCAUCAUUGAUGAGCCACACGGGUUUCGGUAGUCAAAAAAGCUUUAAUAAUCGCAUGGACGAUGUACCAGAAAUUGAAAUGCUCUCAGCAACACAUGAACAAGUCUAUCAGGAGCUAAGCAAUCGCAAUGCCACAUUACAAAUCAUCAGAAACUCAACAAGAUCUCACGAUGUUCUUUCCGCCCUCAGACAGGCCAUUAAAAUGGGCCGAACUAUUUUUGUAGAUCUACUAGGAGCUAUAUUGGAAAAAACCUCAUCAUGGAAUUUAGAUUUGUGUAUUUUAUUAUUACCGGAAAUCUAUGAACUCCUGCAAAGUCAACAUAAAUUUCACUACACACGGGCUUGUGAUACACUACGUGUUAUAUUAUCAAAUUUCUUGCCAAUUAUUCAGGAUAACCUAGAUCCAUGGGUCAAUGGUCUGGGUGUGGAUGUCAGUCGAGAGGAGCGCCAUCGAAAAUGUUUGGAAUGUCAGCGAUGGCUAUUGCAAAUACGCAAUCUGCCCGAAACGAAUCAUUUUGGCAGCACACUAACACAGCUACAGAAUAUGAUUGUUAAUAUUUAAAAGAAAGGAACAAACGGCGGUCAUCGUCGUUCCUAGUGGACAGACACAAUGCACAGCACAGAAACGCAAAGAAAAUGCCUCCAAAACAAACAAACACUAACGCAUAUGUAUUUUUUUGUUUAAAUGAUCAUAUCUUAUGUUAUAUGUAUUUCGUAUUAUCAUUAUCAUUUUCCUUAAUUUAUUAGAUUAAAUUUGUAGUUAUUAACUCUGUAACCCUUCCACGUCCCCUCAAAACUGUUUGGCUUUAAAAUAUGUUUCUUUAUGGUCAAUAUUUAUUAUUUUUUAUAUAUUUUAGUAUUAUAUAUAUUUUUUGUUAAUUUAUUAUUAUUCAAAUGUCCAUUACUCAAUAUAUACAAAUUCAACAAACACAAACACCUUUAUCAUUUCAAGUCAAGUUCUCAACACAUAAUCUAAAUUUUUUUCCACAUCAAAUUGAGUAGCUGCAGGCAGCCAAAAUUUUCUGUUUUGCUGUGCUUUACUUUUCUAUACAGUUUACCCUUUAUUUACACACUUUUCUUAUUUUCACAACUGAACUUCACACGCAUAUUUGAAAAUGUUUUAUGAAUCAUCAUAUAAAACAAACAUUUUUUUCUUAAACUAGCAACAAUAAUAGUCGUUUGUAAAUGCCUAUUAACUGAACAGAUUUAGUUAGCACCAAACCAACUAAUUACCUACUUGUAGAUUUUGUUUUUAUUUCUUAGUUUUAUUUAAUUUAGUUUAACAAAAUAAUAGAUUUAAAAUCAGUUUUUAGUUUUAUGUUUUAAUGUCCAAUUAUUUAAGUGAAUUUUAAUGUCGCUAUGUAUUAAUAUCCUAAAUUAAUAAACCACACUACUGUAUCGGAUACUAACAUAAGUUGAAUAUUAAUGUAAUUGAUUUUUUUUAAGCAUUAUGUACUAUAUUUGUAUUUGAGAUUUAAUAUUUGUAAUACUUGGAAAUUAGAUCUUAUCUUAUAUCCGUCAAUAUAUUUUAAUGAAUAUUAACAAAAUUUUGUGUAGUUUUCUGUUUUCUAUCUGUUGGUUAUUUGCAAACCCUCCAAAAACCUUCGAUGUCAAUUAUCAGCAACGAAAAUUAUAUUUUUCUAUACGAAAAUGUUCAUUAUUUAAACUUUUUUUAAAGAAAAAUUUCAACAAUGUAAAUUUUUCUAAAGAAAAAUGUCACCAAUGAACAUAUUUCUAUACAGAAAAAGUUCAGUAUUGAACAUUUUUCUAUACGGAAAAAGUUCAGCAGUGAACAUUUUUUUCAAUACGGAAAAAAGUUCAGCAGUGAACAUUUUUUCAAUACGGAAAAAAGUUCAGCAGUGAACAUUUCUUCUAUACGAAAAAAGUUCAGCAGUGAACAUCAUUUUUCUAUACGGAAAAAAGUUCAGCAGUGAACAUUUUUUCUAUACGGAAAAAAGGUCAGCAGUGAACAUCAUUUUGCUAUACGGAAAAAAGUUCAGCAGUGAACAUCAUUUUUUCUAUACGGAAAAAAGUUCACCAAUGAACUAUUUUCUAUAGAAAAAGUUCACCAAUGAACUAUUUUCUAUAGAAAAAGUUCACCAAUGAACUAUUUUCUAUAGAAAAAGUUCACCAAUGAACUGUUUUCUAUAGAAAAAGUUCACCAAUGAACUAUUUUCUAUAGAAAAAGUUCACCAAUGAACUAUUUUCUAUAGAAAAAGUUCACCAAUGAACUAUUUUCUAUAGAAAAAGUUCACCAAUGAACUAUUUUCUAUAGGAAAAGUUCACCAAUGAACUAUUUUCUAUAGAAAAAGUUCACCAAUGAACUAUUUUCUAUAGAAAAAGUUCACCAAUGAACUAUUUUCUAUAGAAAAAGUUCACCAAUGAACUAUUUUCUAUAGAAAAAGUUCACCAACGAACUAUUUUCUAUAGAAAAAGUUCACCAACGAACUAUUUUCUAUAGAAAAAGUUCACCAACGAACUAUUUCCUAUAGAAAAAGUUCACCAACGAACUAUUUCCUAUAGAAAAAGUUCACCAACGAACUAUUUCCUGUAGAAAAAGUUCACCAACGAACUAUUUCCUAUAGAAAAAGUUCACCAACGAACUAUUUUCUAUAGAAAAAGUUCACCAACGAACUAUUUCCUAUAGAAAAAGUUCACCAACGAACUAUUUUCUAUAGAAAAAGUUCACCAACGAACUAUUUCCUAUAGAAAAAGUUCACCAACGAACUAUUUUCUAUAGAAAAAGUUCACCAACGAACUAUUUUCUAUAGAAAAGGUUCACCAACGAACUAUUUUCUAUAGAAAAAGUUCACCAACGAACUAUUUUCUAUAGAAAAAGUUCACCAACGAACUAUUUUCUAUAGAAAAAGUUCACCAAUGAAAUAUUUUCUUUAAAAAAAUUCAUCAAUGAACUAUUUUCUAUAGAAAAAUUUCACCAAUGAUCAUUUUCCUUUAGAAAAAGUUCACCAAUGAUCAUUUUCCUUUAGAAAAAGUUCACCAAUGAACAUUUUACUAUAGAAAAAGUUCACCAAUGAUCAUUUUCCUUUAGAAAAAGUUCACCAAUGAACAUUUUACUAUAGAAAAAGUUCACCAAUGAACAUUUUCCUAUAGAAAAAGUUCACCAAUGAACAUUUUCCUAUAGAAAAAGUUCACCAAUAAACAUUUUCCUAUAGAAAAAGUUCACCAAUGAACAUUUUCUUAUAGAAAAAGUUCACCAAUGAACAUUUUCCUAUAGAAAAAGUUCACCAAUAAACAUUUUCCUAUAGAAAAAGUUAACCAAUGAACAUUUUCCUAUAGAAAAAGUUCACCAAUGAGCAUUUUCCGAUAGAAAAGUUCACCAAUGAAAAUUUUCCUAUAGAAAAAUUUCACCAAUGAAUAUUUUUCUAUAGAAAAAACUCACCAAUGAACAUUUUCCUACAGAAAAAGUUCACCAAUGACAGUUUUUCUAUAGAAAAAGUUCACCAAUGAAAUGAUUUCGGUUAUUUAAACCCCAUUUCAAUUUUUUUCCAUAUCUCCCCUCUAAAAAAUAAUAUUCAACUGCCAAAUAAAUUAAUUAUUAUUCAUAAACAUACUAAUAAUUUAACAAAAUGCCAAACUGAUCUUCCAUUAUGAAAGUUAUGAGGAAAACUAAAGGAAAAAGUGAAACGAAAUAUUUUAUAUGCUACAAAACGAAAUUUUUAUUUAUCAUUCCCCACAUCAUCAUCAUCCCCACACACAUACAUGUAGUAAACAAAAUGAAAUGCCCUCCAAACUUUUAUUUUGUGAAUUCAAAAUGAGCAAUAAUUUUUUUUUCGUAUAUUAAAAAAUUUUGCAAAAUGUGCCUUUUACAAAGAAAUAUACAAAAAAAUGCUAUUUUUAAUUUUCAGUUGUAUUUUUUUAAAUUUUUGUUUUUUAAAUUGUCAUAGAAACAAAAAGAAAAAAGGAAUUGUAGUUAUUUUAAGGAGAAAAAGGUGAUAGAAAGAGAAAAAUAAUAAAAAAUAAAACAAAUAACAAAACAAUAGACUGUAGUAAUGGAAACGAUUUUAUCCGGAAAAGAAAAAAUUUCUAAAUUGUUGUUACAAAACGGAAACGAAAGACAAUGAAAUUGCAAGAAUAUUGGUUGUAAUGAUUUUAAUGAUGAAUGGAAAUUUAGCAAUUAGCAAGGAACGAAAACGAAAUGCCCUGUCAACUUGUAACUCAACUGUUUGUAAAUAUUACAAAACAAAUUACAAUAUUUUUAAUAAUCUGCAUACUUAUAUAAGCAUUAAUAAUAACCAUUUUCACUUAUAGCAAUUAAGUCUUAAGUCUUAAAAAAAUAAUAAGAAAACAAAUAUUUUUGCACUUCAAAGAAAAAUGAUACAUAAAUAAAUAUUAUCCAUUUAUAUAAAUAGAUUUCUGUUCUCUCAAAUUGCUACAUAUCAGAUAUUAAAAUGAUCGUAAUUACAGAGAAAACAUGGUUGAGCUUCAAGUCAUUUGUUAUAUAAAUUUUUAAUUGGAAACUAUUGAAAUAUAUUUUUAAUUGGUAAACAGAAAAGUAAUUAUGAUCAUUUGAAUUCCGCUUCAAAGAAAGUAGAACCACAAAAUCAUGAAACGAAAUUGUUAAAUUAAAAACCAAAUGUUAAGCAAUAUUUAUUCAAUACGAAACAAAAGAACAUCGCCUGUAUCCAAUAAUCCUAUAAUAUUAAUAUAUAGACAUAAUAAUUUAUAUUUACACAUAUGUGUUUGAUAACACUGUUAAACAUUGUGCAUGGGGUUACAAUCACUCGCUAAAAUCCUGCAAAUUAUGAAAGUAGACCUAAAAAAUAACACAUGUGUAGUGGCAUAUUGAAAUUUGAAAAUUACUUCGCAAACUAACCUGAACAUAGGAAGCAAGUUUCCACUCUUCCAAAUGUUUGGAAAUUUUUGGACUAAGAUUCCUUGGAAUCCGCUGAUUUUAGGUAUAUAGUGUCUAUGGCAAUAUUGUACAUAAAAAUACGAGGAUUACUUUGGUCGAAAAUUGUAACACUCGAGCGAGUUAAUAAUAGGGUCUUUUUUGUACUUUUUUCAAAACAUGGUUAAAACUCCCUUUAAACGGGAUCGUAGCAAGUCAAAAUAUUUUACAAAAUUAUUCGUCAUAAGAUUCUACUAUAGGUCCCAGAAGACAUUAAAAGUCUAAAUCUUACUUAUUAUCUAAAUCUUACGGAUUCGUUUAAAUUAAAAACAUAUAUAUUAGGGUUAAAGCCGUACUUUAUGUGAGUUUAAGCAAAAAUCUCCUACAAAGCAUCAUUUUGGUAGAAUGACAUUAAAUACAAAAAUAUUCUUCAUCAAAUUUCACUACAAGUCACCAAUGAAAAGAAAUCUAUAUUUCCAUUGCGCAUCAAGCAAAUGUUUGCAGCAAAAUUCCCAAAAGACGACAAAUUUUCCUAAUUUCAUUGGUCAAUUUGUUAUCUUUGACCUUUUUGGCGAGUUGAUGCCUGAAAGUAACUUAAAAAAUUAUUUUCGGCAGAAGUUGUCAAUAGAAGUAAUAUUCUAUACAAAAUUUCACUAUGUAUCUCAGAAUAAACUAUAUGUCUAGGUAUAAUAGUUUUUAAGAAAAUUAGAAAUAGGUGUACUACAAAUGAAAACAAUGUGUUUGGCUUCUUUGCUGUAAAUACAAAAUCUUCCUUUACACUUAAUUCUUUGGAGAAAAUGUCAAAGGAAGAAAUACUCUACACACAAAUUCACUAUAAAUUACAGAGUAAGGUUUAAUGGUUUUUAAGAAAAAAUCAUUCGAAAUUUAUGUAUUUGCUUUUACAACUAUUAAUUUAACACAUUUGCAAUCUAAGUCAAAAUCAUCCUUUAUACUUCAGUUCUUUUUUUUUUGGAAAAGUGUCAAUUUAAGAAUAAAAUUUCAUUGCCAGUCUCUGAAGAAUAGAAAUUUUUAUAUUCAAUAUGUAUCGGUUAACUCCUUCUGGUACCUCCCCCACAAGGGGUCAAAAUUUUGAAUAUCCAUGAAUUUCGUAAAACGCGAAAUGAGCAUCCAAUUCUUUUGAAAUUUUUUAGAUCCCAACACUUUUUCUUAGGAGAGAUCUGGCGUGAAGGCGGUAAAUAUCGGACCACUCCUUCUGGUACCUCCCCCACAAAGGGUCAAAAUUUUGUAUAAUUAUAACGUUUAUAAAAUUUUAACUAAGAGUCCGAUUUUCUUCAAUAUUUUUCAAUAUUUCUACUAACACAAGGCCUGGUAUGAAGAACGAAUUGAACGGACCAUUCCUUCUAGUACCUCCCCCACAAAGGGUCAAAAUUUGGAAUAACCAUUGAGCACGAAAAAAGCGAAAUGAGCAUCUGACUACUUUCAAAUUCGGUACAUCCAAUACACCCACAACGGGUCAAAUUUGUAACUAAUUAUAACUUUCAUUAAACGCGGUCUUUAUAUAGUUUUGACCAUAUACAAGGGGACUUCUAUAGUGUAAGAAAUAUUCCGCAACAAUAAGUAUAGAGCUUUCAAAAUUUUCGGAGACUUUUGUUUACACCCAGAAUCAUUGUCACAGAAAAUGAGUCACAUUAGUCCAAUUUGUGCAAUAGCUAUCAUAUGAGAAUGACUUCUAACCGAUUUCAUGUUAAUUGAGCACCAAAUAUAUUAACAUAUAGCCCGAAAAGAAAAAGCCUAGAAACAAGUAUGUCAAAUUUGGUGAAAAUCAGCUUAGAUAUAGCUAUAGCUCCCAUAUAUAUUGUUCAUCCGAUUUGUUAUAUUUGUUCACCACAGCCGUAAUAUGCACUCUUUAACAACGAUAUCAGCCAAAAAGUAUGCUUUAAUUUUUUACUAAUUUAAUAUAUUAUACGACGGCAGGAUACGAGUGCAGCCUUUAUGAGGUGUCACAAAAUAUACCAUGCGAAGAAUUCAAGCUACUUAUGUAUUCUCACUUUUGAAACUGAAAUCUAUUUUUUGUAAUUAUUUAAAAAUCGAAAAUAGUCUUUUAUCUGAUAAACAAUAGAUAGACCAAAAGUUGACCAUACUCAUUUAGUAAACCUGUGUUCCAUAGAAUAUUGGAACAAUUGGUAGGCGGAAUUGUAUCUUCGUGUUAAUUACAGGUACCUUGUUUGACUUUGUUAACGACCUUUUAUCCUUUCUUUUAUUGGGUAUUCAGGCACCAGGCUAGACAACCGUCCGGUGAUAAGAAAAAAAAAAAAACACUGCGAUUGGGUCUGGAUGUUUUUUCUUUUCACUUACAAUUUGUAAUUAAAAUUCGUUCUCAAUGAUGUGAGUUAUUUUAAUGCUGGAAAACAAUGUGAAUGGACCCCAUUGAUAUAAAAUUUGUUACACAGUGUUAUCUCUAUACUCAAAGUUAUUUAUAACUCUCAUCGUUAAUCCUCUCAUUAACUAUAAUUACAUUGUAAUUAAAAACAUUUUUUUUAACAUCUUAAAAUCCAAGGAAAAGCAAUUAGUCAUAAUCAUAACUUCACUUAAACAAUGAAAUACACAAACUCACAAAACACACCACAUUAUAUAUAUUAUCAAUCAUUAUUAUGUAUUACAACAAAAUAAAUAUGUAUUUACGCAUUUUAAUUAAAUACCAUUACAAAUAUUAUUACAAGAAAAAUGUUAAAAACCAACCAAUCACCUAACUAUCCACCUUUCUUCUAUACGAUUUCAUCUCUUAACAAAUUAUUUUUCUAUUUUCAUCAUCACUAUUUUAUGCUAACUACUAUUACAAAACAAACUAGAUUCUUAAAGUACUUAAAUCCUUAAAAAAGAUAAUAAAUUAUAAUUAUAUUAUAAAUGCUAUUAACUAUUUUAUUAUUAAGUCUUUUUUUAAUUGCAAUUCGUUUAUUUUGUAAAUUUAUACUACAACACAAUAAUGGUUACACAUACGUAUAUAGGUAUUUGUUUUUUUUAAUAGUUUUAGUUGAUUUUUAGCUUUACCGCCAACCCAUAAACAAAUAAAUAAACAAAAAAUUUAAAUUUAUUUUUAAGUUAAUUUUAAUAAUAACAAUUAUGUCCAAAUAACAAUUAAUUUUAUAUAUCGCGUCAUAACAUUAAAAAUUAAUGAAGACAAAGGAAAAGAAGAAGAAAUUAUUUAAUAAAUAAACAAAACAACAUUUGAAAACAUUUUAAA